UCUUGAUAUGAGUCGCAGCCAAUAGCAGAGAUACAGCAAGGCUCAGAUAGGAAAGUUAAUCAACAACAGAUUGGAGGGUCUGGUCGGCAGAUAACAAAAGCAUUCACAACUACAAGCUCAGCACUGAUAGACACACACUCACAGUUUUCACAGUAUCGCAUUAGCUCUUUCUCUCACCACUCCCUCCGCACCUUCCCUUCAUGCUUGUCUUUGUGUCGUGUCUGUCACUCUGAACCAUCAUGAGGACACUGUUGCUGCUGGAAGUGUUGGCCUUGUGUUUUUGUGUGUAUGUGUCCGCUGACACACAACCUGACCAACAAGCAGAGACAUCAAUACCUGAGAAGGACGGGGUUUUACAGCUGAGGAAAAAUCAUUUCAACCGAGCACUGAGAAGAUAUGAGCAGCUGCUGGUGUACUUCUGUAAGUAACACACGACUGACCUGAUCUAUACUGCUGCAUUUUCAUGAUUUCAUUAUUCAUACUCACUCACCAUGUAUUUCUGUGUGCAGAUGCCACUUUAACUCUACAAGACCAUCGUGUCUUAGAGGCGUUAGAGGGAGCUGCUGCAGAGCUUCAGGGGUCAGAGGUCAAACUGGCAGUCUUUGAUGUGGCAAAGGAGAAGGACCUGGCUAAAGAGCUCAAUGUGACAGAAAACACAAUCUGGCUGUACCUCUCUGGGGAUAAACACAACCCUGUGCCCGCGCCAGGUAAGUGCAAAUGAAACUUUUAAAUGUUUAUUAAUAUCAGUUUGGGGAAAAAGAUUAGCCUGGGAGUUACUGUCCACCCCAGAAUCCAGCUCGCCUUGUUAAAGGUGGGAUUUUUGUAAAAAUCAGCUAUUUGGACCGUGUUGCAACAAGCCUUCAGUUUUCUCUCUUUCUCUCUCCUUUUUAAAAUAGAGUUAACUUUAUUUGUUCUUUUUUUUCUGAUUUUAGGAAACACUGUCUAACAAUCUGAUACAUUUAUUGGCAUUAGUUUGGUAUCUAAACAUGAACAUUAAUUGUAUUUACCUGCUUACACGGUGUGCAAGAUUUCUCUUGCUUGUUUUGAAGCGCUUAAAAUUUUGAUUCCCAGGAACUCCUUUAUUUUUGAGUCCCCGAAAGUUGAGCUUAGAAGUUUUAACUCGGAUAAGACUUGAGGAAAAACUACUAGCUGAGCUUUUCCAGAGUUUUAAACCCUUUAGGAUAACAGCUUGUUUUGAAGAGUAUCCAGUAUGUCCAGAUAUGUGUAUUUAUUUAUACAUUUAAUAACUGCAUUUGACUACAGACAUACUGGCAUAUAAAUGAAGGUACCAGGAAAGACAUGCUAGAUGUUUUUCUCCAUUAUGCUACUUUGAGCUAUGCUAAUCACACCUGCCUUUAGAGUGAUGGUUAAAUCCUGAAAAUGACAAUGAUGCAAAUAAGCCCAUUUUUCAGUCUUUAAGUAUUCAAUUAAAGCUCCAAAGAAGAACUGUUGGUUUGUAUCAUUUUGGCGCCCCCUGUGGACAACAUUGUAUGUCAUAUCUUAUCACUUUGCUGAUCUUGUCCCAUUUAUAUAUGACCAUAUUUUUUCUAAUGAAAAGUCCCAUCCUGCUAUCUGUUACUGAACAAAUGGAAUUCACAGUGGAACUAUUGUGGAAAAUAAUGUUUGACUAUUUAACUCGCUUUAUCUGACACCUACCCCUGCAGCAGAGCUACUGUGUGGGCUCACAAACUGUAAAAUGUACUAUUUUUAAAUAAUUGUUGCUUUUGUCAUUGCUAAUGGUCUCAUUUUACUUUGCAUGGUCAUAUUUGGGCAACAAUAUUGAUUUCUGCCUGUUACAAAAUCAGAUAAAAACCCCUUACUGAAGCUUUAAUAUCAAACAGGCUGUAUAAUUGUUAGUAGUCAUGGUAAACAGUUAUUGAUGCAGUUUUAUGGAUUUGUGUUUAAGUUCCUCAGAGUCCAGCCUCCAUCUUGACCUGGCUGAGGAGGAGGGCGGGGUCUGCUGCUGAUCUCAUCACUGAUUUAAGCCAAUUAGAGGCCGCAGAGGAACUUACAGUGAUUGGGUUCUUUAAGGUGAAUACCAACACCUUUAAUCUUCAGCUUUUCUUCAAUGUUGCAGUGUAAUCAAGGAUCUGAAUCCCUUUGUUUCUUGUUUUGACGCGUGUGUAGGAGCUGAACCAUGAUUACGUGCAGGUGUUCUAUGCUGCAGCGAUAGACCUCCCUGAUGUCAGAUUUGCUGUGACUCAGAGCAAUGAAGUUAUCACCAAAUACGGGUUCACACAUGAUGUUGUGUUCUUGCUCAAAAAGGUACUUCAUACACAAUCAUUAGACACAUACACUUCAUAGAGGUGACUGUCUAUGUUUAAAUGCCAUUAUUCUCUCAAUGUACUCUUGGUGGUUUACACUUUUGCAUUUCCGAUGUAAGACACCAGAUGAAGCAGGUGAAAUGUAUAAAAUUGAAAUUCAAAUGCAGAAGUUCAUCCAUUCUAACUGCGUGUGUGUGUGUGUGUGUGUGUGUGUGUGUGCGCACGCGUGUGUGUCUGUGUUUGUCUGCUGCAGUCUAAGCUCAUCCAGGCUUACAAUAUGACGCCUCAGACAUCUAAAGAGGAGCUGAUCGUUUUUAUCUCAGUCUACCAAAUGGAUCCAGCCACUGAAUACACAGGACAGGUAGUGUUUGAGAUUAAUGCAUCAUUUUCAGUACAAAUAAAAAUGCAAUUCCCCAAGUCGAGUUAUGUUAUGUGGGUAUAUUUUGUCUAAAAACCAAGUAAGAUAGUCUGCUUCUCUAUGAUAGUUCACUAAAUAAUUGAUAUGGACUUUAUGUCUUGGUUUCAGUUUCCAUUUUUAGGGUGUUAAUCUAAAUACACAGUGUACACAGUUAGGUCUGAUGUUUCAUGAUAUUGACACAAACUGUAUAAGUCUGGUAAAUUUGGGUUAUUAAAGUUUUGAGUUUACUCUUAAAGGUAGAAGGUUGUGUUUUUGUUCAUAUUGUCAGAAGCUGUGAUGCUUUUUGCUCACAGAGAUCUCAUAUAGAAUAACUCUUUUGCUACACAAGGGUUUUCUUUCUCUUACAGACAGCUCCGCAGAUAUUAUCAUCUCCUGUGUUAAACCACGCCCUGCUGUUCAUCAAAGAAAGCUCUGCUGAUUUCAAUCAGAUCCUCUCUGCAUUUAACAGCGCUGCAGAAGCUUUCAGGCUGAGGGUAAAACAAAACACACACCCACAACUUAGUCAAAGAAAGUGAUCAUAGAAUAAUCUUCCUGUAAAUUGUUGGAGCGCUUCACCUCUGAGUGUGUCUGCUUUCAGAUUUUGUUCAUCUGGGUGAAUGUGGAUGAGCCUCGUAACGGCAGGAUGAUGGAAUAUUUUCGGGUUCGGGAUUUCGAGGCUCCUCUCAUCCGAAUCGUCAACCUGACAAAUCAUGUGACCUAUCACCUGCCCUCUGAGAAUCUAGAUGUAGAAACUAUUAAAACAUUCUGUCAGUCCUACCUGGAGGGCACAGCGAAGGUAAAAAAAAAAAAAAAAAAAAAAAAAACAUUCAGUCAGGUGUUUGAGACAUGAGCCAGUCCUGAUAUAAAUAAUGUGUUUGAACAGCCAAAGAUGCAGAGUGAGCCGAUACCUGAGGGAUGGGAGGAGCAACCGGUGAAGGAGCUGGUGGGGAUGACUCUGGAGAAAGUCACCUUUAACCCAAACAAGACGGUUUUUGUACUCUUUUGUACGUAAAUACUCCCUCUACUUAAACACUACAAUUUGUAGUAAUUUUUAACAAAGAGUGUAAUCACCUUAGGCUGAAAAUUGUGUUGUUGUUUUCUAAAAAUGAACCCCUGUAACAACAUCCGGAGCAGGUCCCCUUCUACAGAGGCUGCUAUCUUAAACUGCAAUGCUCCUCCAACAGCAAAACAUGCACACUGUACCUUUAACUGGCAAAUAUCUGGAUGUGUCAGAAACAAUUUCUAAUUUUAACAAUCAACCAAAUUAACUAAAGAUUUCAUGUGACCUUAAUCAGAAUUAUCCACACUUAUUGUCAAAGUGUUUACUCAGAAUUUUGUAGUACAUGUGUGUACAUCACUUAUACCUGAGGGUCUAAAUUAAAUGUGUAUUUCAGAUCUUCCCUACAGUAAGGCGUCCCAUGAGGUGUUUCCUCUGUGGGAGGAGUUAGCAGAGGCUGUCAAGGACCGAGAGGAUGUGAUCAUCGCUCGCAUGGACGCCUCAGCCAAUGACAUCAACAUGUCCAUGCAGGGCUCGUACCCGUCGCUCUGCCUGUUCCCUGCUCUGUAUACUGAAAGGGUACUGGAUUCCUGGUUACUUCAAGUAUUUUUACGGGGCUAUUUUUCAUUUCUUUUUCAUGCAAUGAUCUGACAGUAUUUCUGUGAGACUACAGCCCAUUAAAUCAGCAAAUAUUUAUCAAAAGACUGCUGUAAAGUUUGAUAUUUCAAGUGUCGUACCUGCUCUGUGGAGUGACUUGACAUUUAUUGAACUAACAAUGUUCGUAUGUGAUAUCUUUGUUCCUGUUAGGUGGUGGUUUACACCGGGAAAAGACAGCUGAAGCACCUGAUAAAGUUUCUGGAUAAAGAGAUGGAGGAAGCUAAGAAAUACAGAGUAGUGGUAAAUCAUCCACCUCAUCACUUUGCCCAAGAAACAGCAGCAUCAGCAUCAGCAGUGGUUUGAGUUCAUUUGAGCUGCUCUAUUCUGUCUGCGUUAUAAAUAAAACUCCUUUCUUUUGUGUCUGCAGGAGGAUGAAGACAGGAGGAAGUACAUCGAGGCCAUGAAAGCUGAAGAAGCAAAAAAAGCCAACAAAACCAAAGAUGAGCUUUAAUCCGCGAACAAUGAGAGUACUCUGUGUGUGCAUGUGUGUCUGUGUAGGUUUGAUACCUUUUCGUCGUUUCUCUCUGGAGACAGAUCUGCUUUUAUCUUUUUACCAAUGCCAUCUCUGUCUGUCCAUCAAAUAAGGUUUUAUAAAGUCCUCGAGGAUAAAAACUCUGGAGUUUGCAAGACUAAUCUCAUUUAUUGUGCUCAGUUUGUCUCUGUCACUGUCAUGUUGUGAGAUUUCUAGAUGGAGGCUUACUUCAUUUAGUUUUGAAUAAAGAAAGAUGGCUGAUUAAUAACCCC